GGUGAAACACAGUGCUUCCAAGAUCAGUACAGACUCAAGUCUGGAGCUAAUCAUGCCACUGAACCACCGACUUUCUGAAUGCCUGAAUGCUGUAGCCUGUGGUCUCCUGCUUCUUCUCUGCGUGCAGGGCCAGGACACAGUCAGCCCCAUCAGGGCCACAAACACUGGGCAAGUGCGAGGCAGCCUCGUCCACUUGAAUGGUACUAAAGUGGGUAUCCACACCUUCCUGGGAAUUCCCUUUGCCAAGCCUCCUCUAGGACCACUGAGGUUUGCACCCCCUGAACCUCCUGAGCCAUGGAAUGGUGUGAGAAAUGGGACAUCACACCCAGCCAUGUGUCUGCAAAGUACCUCAGAAAUGGAAUUUUUCAGGAUCCUGUUCAAUGUCAUCCCACCUUCUAUCCCCGUGUCUGAGGACUGCCUGUACCUCAGUGUCUAUUCGCCUGCCCAUGCCCAUGAGGGCUCCAACCUUCCUGUGAUGGUGUGGAUCCAUGGUGGUGGUCUAGUUUGUGGCAUGGCUUCCUUGUAUGAUGGAUCCAUGCUGGCAGCCACUGAGGACGUGGUGGUGGUCACAAUCCAGUACCGCCUGGGUGUCCUGGGUUUUUUCAGCACUGGAGACCACCAUGCCAGCGGCAACUGGGGAUACCUGGACCAAGUGGCCGCCCUGCGCUGGGUCCAGCAGAACAUUGCCCACUUCGGAGGCAACCCUGACCGUGUCACCAUCUUUGGCGAGUCAGCAGGAGGCACAAGUGUGUCUUCACACGUUGUGUCCCCCAUGUCCCGAGGACUCUUCCACGGAGCCAUCAUGCAGAGCGGGGUGGCUGUGCUGCCUGGCCUCAUCUUCAGCUCCCAUGAGGGGGUCUACAGAGUGGUGGCCAACCUCUCUGGAUGUGAUCAGGGAAACUCAGAGUCCCUGCUGGGCUGCCUGCGGAGCAAGAGUGGAGAGGACAUUCUGGCUAUUUCCAAGGCCUUUACAAUGACCCCUGGUGUGGUAGAUGGGGCCUUUCUACCGAGGCACCCUCAGGAGCUACUGGCCUCUGCUGACUUUCAACCUGUCCCCAGCAUCAUUGGUGUCAAUAAUGAUGAGUAUGGCUGGAUCAUUCCCUUGUUCAUGGGCUUUGCUGAUACCCUGAAAGGAGCAGACAGAGAAACCAUCCAUGCUAUUGUGCAGAACACACUACGACAGUUGAUGUUUCCUGAUGUCAGUGACCUAUUGAUGGAGGAGUACAUAGGAGACAUUGAAGACCACCAGACUCUCCAGGCACAGUUCCAGGAGAUGAUGGAGGACUUCAUGUUUGUGAUCCCUGCCUUGCAAGUAGCACAUUUUCAGCGUUCCCAUGCCCCUGUGUACUUCUAUGAGUUCCAGCAUCGCCCCAACAUCUUCAAAGACAUCAAGCCGCCCCAUGUGAAGGCUGACCAUGGUGAUGAGGUUCCCUUUGUCUUUGGAUUAUCCUUCUGGGGCAAUAAGUUUGACUUCACUGAGGAGGAGGAGCUGCUGAGCAGGAGGAUGAUGAAGUACUGGGCCAACUUUGCCCGACAUGGGAACCCCAACAGCAAAGACCUGCCCCAUUGGCCCAUAUUAGACCAGGACGAGCAGUACCUGCAGCUGGACAUCCAGACUACAGUGGGCCAUGCGCUGAAGGCCGACAGGCUGCAGUUUUGGACCAAGACCCUGCCCCAGAAGAUGGUGGAGCAGAAGAGGGCUGAGAGCCACCACAUGGAGCUGUAGCACUUGUGUUGGGUUGCCAGGAUGCCAGGUUGUCAUGAGGGCAGAUCAAAUCAGCCUGAGGUGCCCCACACACUCAGAAGAGAUAUAACUGACUCCAUCUUUCAUGUGUCCAUGCAUCUCCUUUCCAUUUUUCUACUCAAACACUUAUGAGAGCAAUCUCCUUGCUACCAAACAUCCCUUGGCCAUGUCUUGUUUCACAGACACAUAAAUGUCUCCACAACAGUGUGUAUUUAUAAACACCAAUGGAUACUCACCUUUUUCCACACUGACUGAGUUUGGACCCCUUCCUCCCUUCUUUUCUUUACCCCAUCUUUUUUUUUUUU